CUCCCCUUCCCUUCCCUUCCCUUCCUCCCUCUCUCUCUCUCUCUCUCUCUCUCUCGAGCAUCGGCUUCGGUCCAUCCCCUGAGCUCGAGCAAAGCUCCGCCAUGGCUCGGGGCACGCUCUAGGGGGUCUCGCGGUUCGUUCUCGGUCGCGCGGCGGUGCUCGAGGUGUCCCUUUUUUGCUCCGUGGCUCUUUGAGAGUGGGGGACAGAGAGAGAGAGAGAGAGAUGGCGACCAUGAACCCUUUCGAUAUCCUCGGCGACGACGACAACGAGGACCCCAGCCUGCUCGUCGCCGCCGCCAAGCCGGCCGAGAAGCCGAAGAAGGCCCCGGCCCAGGCCGCGCCGCCGUCGAAGCCGGCCGCCAAGCUGCCCUCCAAGCCGCUCCCCCCUACCCAAGCUGUGAGGGAAGCAAAGAGUGACGCUGGUCGUGGUUAUGGCCGUGGCCGUGGAGGUGGAGUUGGUCGUGGUUAUGGUCGUGGCCGUGGAGGCGGUCGUGGCUAUGACCAAGAUUCAGGGAACAAUGAGGGACCAGCUGGCGGCAAUAAUGACUUUUCUGGGGGUUAUAGAGCCUCGGAGGAAGGUGAUUCUGGAAAACCAUCUGAAAGGGGUAGUCGAGGUUUUUUCCGUGGAGGUCGCCCUGGUGGUUAUAACAACGGAGAAGCUGGUGAGGGAGAGCGUCCAAGAAGAGUAUUUGAACGCCGCAGUGGCACUGGACGGGGAAACGAGACCAAACGAGAUGGAGCUGGUCGUGGAAACUGGGGAACUCCUACUGAUGAAGUUGCUCCAGAGACUGAAGAACCUGUCAUUGAAGUCGAGAAAAAUGUGGGAUCUGAGAAGCAGUUGGCUGCUGAGGAUGGUGCAGAUGCUAGCAAGGAGAAUGCUGUGAAUGAACCAGAAGAAAAAGAGCCUGAAGAUAAGGAGAUGACAUUAGAAGAGUAUGAAAAGGUGCUUGAAGAGAAGAGGAAGGCAUUGCUUGCACUGAAGACUGAGGAGAGGAAAGUAGAGUUAGACAAAGAUUUGAAGUCCAUGCAACAACUUUCUAACAAGAAGGAAAACAAUGACAUCUUUAUCAAGCUGGGAUCUGAGAAGGACAAACGCAAAGAGGCUGCUGAGAAAGAAGAGAAAGCCAAGAAGUCUGUCAGCAUAAAUGAGUUUCUGAAGCCUGCUGAAGGGGAGAGAUUCUACAACCCGGGUGGUCGCGGGCGAGGCCGCGGCCGUGUUUCCAGAGGUGGUUAUGUUGGUGGCUAUGCUAGAGAUGUCUCUGCUCCUUCGAUCGAGGAUCGUGGCCAGUUCCCCUCCCUUGGUGGGAAAUGAGGCUUUACCACCGCAUACUUCAGGCUGAGAUACUUCAUGCUUGAAGUCGGGACCUCCCAGAAUGGUCGGGUAUUAACGGGAUUGAUAUUCUUCCUGUAAUAGAAACCUCUGAUGUUAUUUGUCUUUUUGAGUGUAAAAAUUUUAGUUUCUCCAUGGAUUUACUUUGGUUUUCUUUUGACUCGAAUCAGUUUUGAUUGUGUUAGGUGAGAAUGAAUUUAGUCUCUGAA